AUGUCCUGCUUGAUGGAAGACUGGAAGUACUCGGAAAUAAAUGGCAAUGAAACAGCUCUGACUGAAUUCCUCAUCUUGGGGUUCUCCAGUCUACAAGACCUCCAGCUGCUGCUUUUCUUUAUCUUUCUCAUCGCUUACAUCUGUACUCUGGUGGGGAACAUCUCUAUCAUUACCAUUGCUUGCCUGGAUCCUCAGCUUCACACACCCAUGUACUUCUUCCUAGGAAAUCUCUCCUUUUUGGAUAUCUGCUAUUCCUCUGUCACAGUUCCCAAGAUGCUUGAGAACCUCCUUGCGACAAAGAAGACCAUUUCUCUCAGUGGCUGCAUUGCUCAAGUCUUCUUUUUUAUUUUCAUGGUUGGAACAGAGAUUUUCCUGCUCUCAGCAAUGGCAUAUGACCGUUAUGUAGCCAUAUGUAACCCACUGAGGUACAGCACUGUCAUCAGCCACCGUGUGUGUGUCCAGAUGGUUGUGGGUGCCUGGGUAUCUGGUUUCUUGGAUUCUCUGGUCAAUACUCUCUUUUUAAUUGGCUUGCAUUUCUGUGGUUCCAGCUCCAUUAACCAUUUCAGCUGCGAGCUGCCUUUACUCUUGCAGCUAUCUUGCACGAGUACAUUCUCCAACGAAAUGGUGAUUCUCACCUUCAGCAUGACACUUGGGUUCGCCGCCCUCCUCCUCAUUGUAGCUUCCUAUGUUCGCAUCAUUAGCACCAUUCUCAAGAUCAGCUCCUCAGAAGGGAGGCAAAAGGCCUUCUCUACUUGUGCUUCCCACCUCACAGUGGUCCUCCUGUUUUGCGGGACAGCUUUCAUUAGGUACAUGCGUCCUGCCUCAGGGUACUCAGAUACUCUAGAUAAGCUGGUGUCAAUUCAGUAUGGCAUCCUCACCCCCAUGUUAAACCCCAUCAUAUACAGCCUGAAAAAUAAAGAGGUGAAGACAGCUCUAAGGAAAUUAGCUCUAAGGAAUUAA